UGGCGAACUGAUUAAACAAAUCCUAAACCCAGUUGUAGUUGCUGAUUUUUCACGCCAUUGUUAACACAAUUUCUGCAAGAUUCCCUUAAUUUUUGCUUCAAUUGCAAGUUCCCCCUUUUCAGAUCUUGCAUUUUUAGUUAGGGUUUCAAAGCAGAGUGGACUUCAUUCCUAAAACAGAAGAAGUAGUGUUGAUUAAAUAACAGUGGGAGCCCAAGAAUUUGCACUUCAUGGUUGCGCAGUGAUGUUGAGGACUACCAAAUGGAAGCUUGAGAAACCUAAAGUAAAAGUUGUUUUUCGGCUGCAAUUUCAUGCCACUAAUAUUCCGCAGAGUGGAUGGGAAAAGUUAUAUAUUUCUUUCAUACCUACCGAGUCUGGAAAGAUCAUUGCAAAGACUAGCAAAGCAAAUGUGAGAAAUGGGACAUGCAAAUGGCCAGAUCCUAUCUAUGAAACUACAAGACUUCUAGUGGAUUCUAGAAACAAACGAUACGAUGAUAACCUCUAUAAACUCGUUGUGGGGAUGGGUACUUCACGGUCUAGCAUCCUUGGUGAGGCUAUCAUCAACCUUGCUGAUUAUGCGGAUGCAUCAAACCCUUCUGUUAUCGCUUUACCUCUUCAUGGAUCUGAUAAUGGAACCAUUUUGCAUGUUACAGUUCAGUUACUGACGGCAAAAACUGGAUUCAGAGAAUUUGAACAGCAGUUUGAUAAGGGGUUGCAGAACAGCAGCAUUCUAAACCGAGAAGUGGAACCUAGUAUUGCAACGUCAUCAUCUUCCGAGUCGCAGAUCUCUGAUGAUCACGGAAAUAAGGUUAAUACAAAAACCCAUUUUGGAUCAGAAUCUAAAGAGCUUAUUUCAGCUGUGAGAGAAAUAGGCACACAUGAAGAAUCUUUAGAUUCAUCGGUCAGAUGUGAUGGCUCAUCCAACACCUCAGAAACUUAUUAUGCUGACAAGAUUGAUCCAUCAAGCAUUCAUGAACCUAAUAGCCUUAGGAGCAUGGCAUCUGGGGAUUUAAACGAGCCACCCCAUGGUCAAGGCCUGCCAAUAGAAAAAGCAGAAAGGUCUGAUCUUCAAGAGUGGAGUUCAGAUUAUUCGAUGAAUAAUGAUUUGGCAAUUGCUCAUGAAGAGAAUCAUAGACUCAGAGGAAUCUUGGAAAUGGCUGAGUCUUCCAUUUUUGAGCUUAAAAUGGAACUAAGUGCUUUGCAUAGUUAUGCUAAUGAGAUGGGUAUAGAAACACAAAAGAUUGCACAGCAUUUAACGGCUGAGAUUUCUUCGGGCCAAAAACUAGGAAGAGAUAUUAUGGUGCUCAGAUCCGAGUGUUCGAAGUUCAAUGAUGAACUAGAACAGUUGAAAGAAAUCAAAUCUAGCUCAGAAUUUAUAGGGAGGACGCAGGAUCGAGCUGACUGCCAUCAACUCAAAUGUGUAAAUGGGCUUUUACUUGUGGAGGAUCGAAUAAGGGAGCUCCAAGGGAAAAUUCAUAUCGGUUUCCACGAGUCCGAUUUGAGCUUCAUACACUCGGAUUUGGAGGUUCUCCUCAGUAUUGUUCAGGAUCUUGAAAAGGGAACCUUUGAAGCAUUGCCCCUGCAACAUGAGAUUCAAGAAUUUCGAUCUACAAGAGCUUUUGAUUUGGUAGAAGGUAAAAUUUUGAUACUUUCAAGCCAGCUAGAUGAAGCAAAAGCCGAGAGGGAAAAUCUUGUUAGAAAGAUGGAUGAAAUGGAGUGUUACUAUGAAGCACUUGUGCAAGAGCUCGAGGAAAACCAGAAACAGAUUCUAGGACAGUUUCAAAGCCUUAGAUACGAGCAUUCGACAUGUGCCUACACUAUUUCGACCUGCAAAGCGGAGACUGAGUCGUUGCGCCAUGAUAUGAAUGAUCAAGUUAUAAGAUUUACCAAAGAAAGGCAUGCUUUGGGUUGUGUUAAUGAGGAGCUCGAGAAAAGGGUUAUGACUGCAGAAUCACUUGUGCAAGAACUUCAAGAAAAUCAGGAACAGAUUCUUGGAGAGUUUCAGAGCCUUAGAAACGAGCACUCGACAUGUGCCGACACUAUUAAGACUUGCAAAGCCGAGACUGAAUCAGUACGACAUGAUAUAAACGAUCGAAUCUCGAAAUUUGCCAAAGAAAGACAUGAUUUGUAUUGUGUCAACGAGGAGCUUGAGAAAAGGGUUACAACUGCAGAAGCACUUGUGCAAGAACUUCAAGAAAACCAGGAACAGAUUUUAGGAGAGUUUCAGAGCUUGAAAAACGAGCAUUUGACAUGUGCUGAGACUAUUUCAACCUGCAAAGCCGAGAAUGAAUUGAUACGCCAUGAUAUGAACGACCAGAUCUUAGAAUUCGCCAAAGAAAGACAUACUUUGAGUUGUGUCAAUGAGGAGCUCGAGAAAAGGGUUGCAACGGCAGAAUCAGCACUGAAAAGGGCUCGUUUGAAUUACUCAAUUGCAGUGACUCAAUUGCAAAAAGAUCUCGACACGCUAUCCUUCCAGGUUUUGUCUAUGUUUGAAACCAAUCAGACCCUCAUUAAAGAUACUUUUUCAGAAUCUUCGAAACCAUUCUCUCAAAGGUACCCAAAUAUGAUCGAAAACUUUCAGAAAUCUGAUGAUACUUUAGUCCUUUGUGAAAAACAGCUUCUGGGCAGUGAGGUCCACUCGAAUGAUGAACUUUGUGAAAUUCCUUGUACAAACUUAUACUUGGAUGUGUACUCUGGGACUCUAGAGGAAACAUUAUUUGAAGCAAGUAAAAAGGCCAACGAAAUGAAGGAGCAAAUAAAACAAUAUGCACAGAAGUUAGAACUUUCUAACCAAUCGAGGGAUAUUUUAUUUGGGAGGCUGCAGACGGCUGAUGAGCAGAUUGCUCAGAUUAAUGAUGCGCAACUGCAAAAUCAGAAAUUGGAAGCGAGUUUGGAAAGUGUUUUGAGGGAAAACUUUCUUCUAAUGGAGAAGAUUACUGAAUGUGAAGCACUCCUAAUGGAUUACAGAGUCUAUAAGAGUAAAUACGAGGUUGUUUCGGCUGAAAAACUUGAGCUGGAAAAUCUCUUGGAAGUACAAGGUUUGGAUAGCGGAAAUCUUCGAAAAGACUUGUCGAUUACGAAGGAAGAACUAGAAACUCUAAAAGCUCGAUUUCUUGAGUUGGAAAAGUCAAAGGAAAGUAUGCAGAAACUUCUUGAUUUUCUACAAGAGAAGUUCGGGAAUCUGUUGGCAUCUUGUGACAAACAAUUGGGUGAGCACUUUUCAUUUAAUUAUUCUUCGUUUCAAGAUACGGGCAUCCGAGAUAUCACUUGUGUGAUCACGAAAUUGGAAGAGCUCCAUAACUACACCGGUGAAAAGAUUGAAGAUCUGAAGAAAGAAAGAGACAUUGCGAGAUCAGAAAUUGAUGGUAUGAGAACGAAAUUUACGCACGAUAUGCGUAAUAUGGCCGCCAAAGUAGACUCGUCGAAUACCAUUGUAGAGAAGCUUCAAUUGCAACUCGAAUCUGUUGCUAAGAAAUUUAAAAAUAGCUUGGAAAUGAAGGAAAGUUACAUGCAGCAUACCGAUGGGCUUUUGACGUACCUUUCUUCUUUAGAACUUGAGCUGCAUAAGCUUUCUUCUAAAGACGGAAACUUUGUUCUAGAAAUCUUGGGCUCAGAUUCUAUGGCUGAUGAAUUCGAAAGUUGCAAGUCGCCCAUUUGUGAGCUCAAUCAAGAAAAACAAGAUUUCUUGAUGCCAAUAGAGAACAAAGAGGAAACUACCAUACGUGAAGAAUUGGAAAUGGAGAACAUACGAGUGGUACUCAAAGCUAUGUUAGAUGAGCAUUAUGAUCAAUAUGUCGUGCUACGGGAAAAAUGUAGUGAACUUACGGACGAGCUCUCUGAACAGGUUUUAAAAACCGAAGAAUUCAAGAACCUGGUUAAGCUCAAAGACUCUGAAAAACGAGAGCCUGAAGGGCCAUCAGAAUCUUUACGGAUAGCGUUCAUGAAAGAACAGUGUGAAACCACGGUGCAAGAACUGAAGCAAGAACUUUCUGUUUCGAAAAGGCACGGUGAGGAAAUAUUGUUGAAAUUACAAGAUGUUCUUGAUGAAACUGAGAGUAGGAAGAAGUCUGAAGCUUCUUACUUGAAAAAGAUCGAAGAAUUGUCGUUCAAGAAUGUGGGAUUGGAAGCCGAGUUACAGUCCAUACAGGCUGAACUGGAAUGCGCUUUCUUAAACCUUGAAUGUUGCAAAGAAGAAAAAGAAAAAAUUGUUGCUUCGAUUCAAGAAUGUGAGGAGGAAAAAUUGAAAAUUGCAUUUGAACUUUCUUUGUUUCAAGAGCAUCUUUCCCGCAAAGAAGAGAAGGGUGUGGGCAUGGAUAGUUCAGCGAACGGAAAUGCAAGCACAGCACAAAUCUUUGAGUUGGAAGGGAUGAAAACCGAAAAUUCCAUUCUUUCGAUGACGAAUUCUGGCUCAAGUUUUCAAGAUUUACGGAGAAAACUUUUGCAGCUCCACAAGGCUAAUGAAGAGCUUGGAGGGAUGUACCCAAAUUUUAAGGAUUUCUCGGAAGAUGGAAACGCGUUAGAGAGGGUGCUUGCUUUGGAAAUCGAGCUUGCUGAAGCAUUGAUGACGAAGAAGAAUUCGAGCAUUCAAUUCCAAAGCUCUUUCCUUAAACAACACGGUGACGAAGAAGCAAUCUUUAAAAGCUUCAGAGACAUCAAUGAAGUGAUCAAAGACACAUUGGAAAUCAAGAGCAAGUAUGCAAAUAUGGACACCGAACUGAAGGAAAUGCACGAACGUUACUCUCAGUUAAGCCUGCAGUUUGCCGAGGUUGAAGGGGAAAGACAGAAACUUCUGAUGACCCUCAAGAAUUCAAGAUCACCCAGAAAUCUUGUUCGUUCCUCACCGGAACCCUAAACGAUUCCCAUUUGUAGAGUCAAAAUUAGUCGAACCAUAUUGUUAAAAGGAAGGGUCAGCAGAAUCUGUGAAUAGGUUUGGGGGUUAACUGCAGCAGCUUGAAUCUUGUUGUGAAGAGUUGAAGACUCAAAAGAGGCCAAGAUGCAAGUGUGCUUAGGUGGUGUAAAUGGUCUUAGUUACAAAGGGUAUGCAAAUGUUUUAGGUCUUUUGAGGUUAUUUUUCCCCUUUUGGCUUUACUCUUCAUGUUGUGAUUCAUAUUUAUAGUAAAGUUG